AACCCUAGAUCUCACUCCGUCAAGCCCGAGGGCCGCUUUCCGGGCUUCCGCUUCCAACCCCGUCAAGCCCGAGGACCGGUUUCCGGGCUUCCGCUUCCAGCUCCGUCCAUCGGCGUCUCCGCCGUUAAAUUUUUCACUGUAACAGCUGGUGUGAAGCAGGAUGGUUGAUACCCUCGAAGAAGACAAAGAGGCUGUGACUCCUGAUGUGAAAAAGGAUCCAGUUGGUACUGAUGCUCUACACAGCAAUGAUCUUGCAGAGUCUGAAACACUGCCAGACAGUAGUUUGGAAAAGUCUGAGUCUGAGCCGAACAAAGAUUUGUCCAAUUUGGAAACACAACAUAACAAGGAACUUCCUGCUUCUGAAACACUGCCUACUAAUGGUGAAGAAGCAGUAACAUUACCCAACCAACAUUUGGGCAACUCUGAAGAACCUGCAAAUGACCAUCCAGAGAAUUGUGAAUCAUUAACCAGCAACCAGCCAGAUGAUGCUGAGGCCUCACAGAGCAGUCAGAUAGUUAAUUCUGAGGCGCCACCCACCAUUCAGUCAACCAACUCUGAAGCUUUAUCUGACAGUCAGUUGGUUAGUUCUGAAGCACCUCUUCAUAAAACGGCUUCUCAACCCAGUAACCAGCAGGUGAAUAGUGAGGCAUUACCAGACCAUGCCAUGUAUAAUUCUGAAACACAGACUAGUAAUGAUGUGGAUAUAUCUGAAACACAGCAGAGUAGUGAGAUCGUUAUGUCUGAACCUGUGCAAGGCAAUGAGGGUAUCGAGCACGAAAUUCAGCAAAGCAAUGAGGUGGUCAUGUCUGAGAGACAGCCCAACAAUGACACCAACAUGCCUACAACUCAGACAUGCAAUGAUGUGGUCAUGUCAGAACCUCUGCCUGAAAAUGAGUUGGCCAAUCCCACAACAGAUUCCAACAAUCAGCUCUCCCAUUCAGAAACUGGUCCUGAUAAUCACUUCACAAAUCUACAUAUGAUUCCUGAAGAUCAGCUGCCUCAACCUGAAUCACUACCUCAUUCAGAACCGCUACCCAAUUCUGAACCACUAGCAGAUACUCAUCUCACAGACAUCAAAGUAAUAUAUCAUGAUCAUCUGACCCAUUAUGAAACACUGCCAAACAACCAUGCAAACCAGUCUGAGGCAUUAUCAUACAAUCAGCUAUCUAACUCUGAAGCAUUGUCCCAUGAUCAGCUGGUCAAUUCCCAAAUCCUGCCUCAUUAUGAGCUCGAAAAUAGUGAAACAAUGCACCACAAUCAGAUGGUUAAUUCUCAACCAAACUAUGAAUUGACCAUUUCUGAUGCCAUACCCAGCUACGAGAUAAUAAAUGCUGAGACACCGCUGAGCAAUGAGGAUCGUAUCCCAGAAACACAGCCUACUAAGCGGAGGAAAAAGAAGUCUAUAGUCUGGGAACACUUCACAAUAGAAACAGUCAGUCCUGGAUGUAGAAGGGCACGCUGCAAGCAAUGCGCUCAAACUUUUGCCUACAGUACAGGUUCAAAAGUUGCUGGCACCAGCCAUCUCAAACGUCACAUAGCCAAGGGGACCUGCUCAGCUCUUCUACGCAACCAUGACCAUAAUCAAUUGACCCCAUAUACUGCACGAACUAGGGGAAGUGGGACUGGAAAUGCUAGUGAUACACCUAAAAGACGAUAUAGAUCCCCGAGUACCCCUUACAUCAUUUUUGAUCAAGAUAAAUGCCGUCAUGAGAUUGCUAGAAUGAUCAUUAUGCAUGAUUACCCCCUUCACAUGGUUGAGCAUCCGGGAUUUGUUGCAUUUGUUCAAAAUCUGCAACCUCAGUUCAAAAUGGUGACCUUUAAUUCUAUCCAAGGAGAUUGUGUUGCAACAUACCUGAUGGAAAAACAACACAUUUUAAAGUAUAUUGAGGGAUUACCUGGACGUGUUUGUUUGACACUGGACAUCUGGACAUCAAGUCAAUCUUUAGGUUAUGUAUUUAUUACAGGACAUUUUGUUGAUCAUGAUUGGAAGUUGCAAAGGCGAAUUCUCAAUGUUGUAAUGGAACCAUAUCCUGAUUCAGAUUCUGCUCUCAGCCAUGCUGUAGCUGUUUGCCUUUCUGAUUGGGGGUUGGAGGGUAGACUUUUUUCUGUCACUUGUAAUCAGGCACUGAGUAAUGCUGCCCUUGAAAAUCUCAGAUCUUUACUCUCUGUGAAGAAUCCACUUAUCCUCAAUGGUCAGUUGCUAGUUGGUAAUUGCAUUGCCCGUACUUUAAGCAGUGUUGCGAAGGACUUGUUGGGCUCUGCAGAAGACUUGAUCACGAAAAUCCGUGAUAGUGUAAAAUAUGUGAAGACUUCAGAAUCACACGAGGAAAAAUUCUUGGAGCUGAAGCAGCAUCUUCAGGUUCCCAGUGAAAGGAGCCUUUUUAUUGAUGACGAAGUCCAAUGGAAUACAUCGUAUGAAAUGCUUGUUGCAGCUUCUGAGUUGAAGGAAGUUUUUUCUUGUUUGGACACUUCUGAUCCUGAUUACAAGGGAGCCCCAUCUAUGCAGGACUGGAAGCUGGUUGAGAUCUUGUGUAGCUACUUGAAGCCACUUUUUGAUGCAGCAAACAUUCUUACUACAACAACUCAUCCCACUGCUAUUACCUUCUUUCAUGAAGUUUGGAAAUUGCAGUUAGAUGCAACUCGUGCAGUUACGAGUGAAGACCCCUUCAUUAGCAGGCUUAAUAAAAUUAUGCAGGAAAAGAUUGAUAAGUAUUGGAGAGAGUGUAGUCUGGUGUUGGCGCUUGCAGUAGUGAUGGACCCUCGUUUCAAGAUGAAGCUUGUGGAGUUCAGUUUCACAAAAAUCUACGGCGAUGAUGCUCAUGUGUAUAUAAAGACUGUGGAUGAUGGAAUUCACGAGCUGUUUCAUGAGUAUGUGGCCCUCCUUCCGCUGCCACUAACGCCGGCCUAUGCUGAAGAUGGGGUUGCUGGAAGUCACAGUAAGAUGGAGGAAUCCCCAGUGUUGACAGAUAAUGGUCUUACAGAUUUUGAUGCCUACAUCAAGGAAACUACUAGCCAACAUAUGAAGUCUGAGUUAGAUCAGUAUCUUGAAGAAUCGUUGUUGCCACGCGUGCCAGAAUUUGACGUCUUGGGUUGGUGGAAGCUAAACAAACUCAAGUACCCUACUCUUUCCAAGAUGGCUAGGGAUAUAUUAUCUGUUCCGGUUUCUACGGUUGCUCCUGACUCUGUGUUUUAUUCAAAAAGCAAAGAGAUGGAUCGGUAUCGAAUUUCCUUGCGGCCAGAGACUGUGGAGGCCCUUGUAUGUGCUAAGGACUGGAUGCAGUAUGGAACACCUGAAGCGUCUAAUGCGCUUGUGCAAAUGAUAUUUUAGAUUCUUAUACCUUGUAUUAUAUAUAUGUAGUUGGUGCAUUUUUAUUUGAAUUCUCCAUUAGAGUACAGUACGUUAAUUUGGAUGAUUCAACGCGUAAAUGUAGUUUCUACAAUAGCUUCAGUCUUACAUUAUAAUUCUUGUGAAUGUGCCUUUGGAUUACAUUUGAUAGCUUUAAUGUUAGUUGCUCAAAUUAUAGCAA